AUGUGGGAGUUUGUAGAGUUUGGAAUUCUGGGACGUGGGGGUUUUUGCUCCAUAAGAACUCUCGUCCCCUUCUGCUCCAUGAGGAGAUCAGCGACAGUGUCGCAGAGUGACAUUACAAGGCCGAACAUUCAGUUUGUUUUGCCCUCCUCCUUGCACAUUUUCACGCUCUGUCUCUUCUUCUCAGAGGGGAGCGGCAAUCUGCCCUCUCCUCCUCCUCCUCCUCCUCUCCUCCGCUUCCUCUCCUCCUCUUUUCAUCACUGCUGGAGCACACUCUCCAUCUGUCUCUCUGCAUUCAGCAUCAUCUCUCAUUUUCUCUCCUGUAUCCUCUCUCCUGGCACACACAGUAGCACACUUUACCGCAAACCUCUCUCCAUUUUCGCACGUAGCAUCGCCUCUCUUCUCCUCUCCUCGCAUUCUCUGCCUUCCUGCUCUGCCUUUCCCCAUUUUUUGACAAACCACCUCCUUUCUCUUCCUCCUCCUCUCCACCUCUCCGCAUUCAGUCUAUGCAUCUGA